AUGUGUAAAGGCAAAGUUAGGAAGGUAACAGUGGCCAUAAAUGUGUUUGAAAAGCCAUUUGGGGUACAGGAGGCCCACUAUUCUGAUGUAGUCUUCUUUACUGAGUUGUCAGCAAAUGAAACCCCAAGGACUGGCAAAGUUGUAGGGGUAAAGUUGCCAAAGUGGGAAAACAUUCAAGAUGCAGAGGCUGCUUCAGAAAGUAGUGGGCAAAAGAGGAGCAGCAAGUCCACAAGUCCUUUACCAAAGAUUGUUAAAGCUAUUAAAAGCCAAGCGCUUACAAACUUGCUAGCACAAUUUCCAUCUGGUGAACAUGAACCUGGAAAGGUACCUUUACCUGGUGAGGUCCAUAUCUCAGCAACUGCAGUUGAGACCUAUUGGGACAUAAAAUUUGAUGGAGCCUCUGGGGCUGGGAAAGGUGGAGCUGGCAUAACACUCACUAGUCAGGAGGGGAAGAAGUUUCAUUUAUCAUAUAAGCUUGACUUUGAAUGUUCAAACAAUGAAGUUAAAUAUAAGGUGCUGAUACUAGGUUUGAUUGCUGCCCAAAAGAAAGCCCUCUGCAAGCCAAAAAUUUGGGACGGCUCCAAAUUAGUUGUCAAGCAAACCCUGGGUGAUUUCGCAUUAAAGGAACCUCUUUUGGCCCCAUAUCGUACCAUUGUUCAGAAGUUGCUCACUCAGUUUGAUGAUGUCCAAAUCCAGUAUACCCCUCAAACACACAACCGUUUCCCUGUUGCCUUGGCUACACUAGGGGCAAAUGUGGAUAUACCAGAUGAUAGUAUAGCCAUCGUCAUCAAGAAAAGAAUAACACCAGAAGUGUUAGCCGAAGAACAUACAUAA